AUGGAUCGAAGAGCUAUUAUUCAUCUUUUCGAUCGGGUAAUCGAGGAAGACAACGCCAUAAUCUACUUCGAGGAAUGCGAAACCCUGAUCAAAAUCAGGGAUAGUCCCUCAAGUCAAAGCUACGAAUCUGCCUCCCCUGCUCAAAUUUUGGCUGGCUGGGAUAAAGUAAUCAACUCCGGCAAAAACAUCAUCAUCAUCGCGGCUUCCAAUUAUCCAUGGCUGAUUGACGCUGGAAUGUUGCGACGCCUCCAGAGGCGCAUCAUGCUAUCCCUGCCAGACGAGGCAGCGAGGAUACAAUUAAUCCAGUACUUUCUUCGCCCUUACCCCAACAAUCUCAAAGAGAAGCAUAUCAACAAGCUCGUUCCAAUCACCAAUGGUCGAAGCGGCCAUGACAUUCAGACCGCCAUCGACAUAGCCUACAGCACAGUCUACACCUACUACGAGGCUGAUGCAAAGUGUUUCUCUCAAAUCAACGAUAAUGGCGAAGAUAUAUGGGUUCCUUCGGCAGUUGGAACGUCAACCACUGUGUUCGAGCUAGAUAAUCAGCAUAAAAAAUCACGUCCUCAGGAUCUUACCCUGAGAAUCCUCGAACGUCAGUUCAAGUUACAAGGAAAGAGCUCGACUGAAGCUCAAUCACAGAAUCUUCAAGAGUGGAAUGAGAAAAUGGGCAACUCCAUAUCAGCAUUUAAUCCUUCGGAAUUUUUUGAGUGA